AUGCCUUCAAUACUGAGCGAGGAUGACAAGCAAACGGUGAAACGGGUCGUUCCCAAACAACAGAACAAGAUUCAGGCAGUUGCAGUGGUGAAGCUAUACGUGGCGUACCCUGACCGAAAUAGAUGGACUUAUACUGGUCUACAAGGCGCUGCAGUACUCGCCAAUGACUUGGUCGGGCAUACAUACUGGAUUAAGCUGGUAGAUAUAUCGCCUGCCGGCCGUGGAGUGCUUUGGGACCAGGAAAUCUAUGAUACCUUCUCUUACAACACCGAUCGUACUUUCUUCCACACUUUUGAGCUCGAGAAAUGCUUAGCAGGGUUCUCUUUUGUUGAUGAGAAGGAAGCAAAGACAUUCAAGAAGAAGGUUGAUGAUAGGGAGAAAAAUGCUCACAAAGCAACAAAGGCGAAGCCGUUCGGUGCAUCACAUGGGCAGAACGGUGCACCUAGCUCGAAUGGUAAAUCUCACGGUCUUCUUGGUGGUCUUUUUGGACAUAGGAGCUCCAACGCAGCCCAACCACAACCACAGUCCAUCAUACCGCACAAAGAUCUACUCAUAGCAAGCCCUCCUCAAGCCUCCCCAGCACCAAGCAAAACCGACUCCGGCAUUGACUUCUCAGAUCCGUCAAUACAGCCACUACUGGAAGAGGUUAUGAAGAUGGGAAUAACAAGAGACGAGCUGGAACAAAACGCUGAUUUCGUCAAAUUAUACAUUGAGCAAAAUAAGGCCAAUCAGGCUCUGCAGUUGGAUAAGCGCAGCAGGGCGCCACCUCCGCCACCUGGAGCUGCACCUGGAAGGGUUUCUAUAAGCCCUCAGAAUACAGGAAGCACUACAGCCUCAAGACGCGGACCACCUCCAGCGCUGCCACCAGCCCGAAGAUCUGGUCAUGCUGCACCAGCUCAACUCGCGCCUUCGCCACCAAGAGCACCUUCACCUCCACCAGGACCGAAGUUCAAGGCCCCUCCGCCCCUUUCAGACGCCGGAAAGUUUGCUGGCAGCAAUGCCCCUCCGCCUCCAUCUCGCGCCAGAGCGACGUCGAGCGUAGCAAAUCCUGGUCCUCCACCCCCUCCAAGACCACCAAAGGUCGAAGAAGAGCCCCAAUCACGAUUUGGAGUCCCGCCGCCGUUCACAGGGCAAAGGGUACCGUCAGGUCCCCCACCGCCCCCUAGUCGUGGACCAGUUCCACCGCCUCCGCCCGCGCGAGAAUCUUUAGCAACGCACGCUGUCCCGCCUUCACAUGCUUUACCACCGCCAUUGCCUCCAAAGACACCUGUAGGAGUCCCUCCCCCAUUACCACCAAGUAGGGAUACCCCAGGGCCUCCCCUUCCGCCGCCCUUGCCAACCACAUCUCGGCCCCCUCCUUUACCACCUCAAGGUGGUGCUCCUGCUCCUUCACCCCUUCCACCGUUAAAUAACGCUCCACCUCCACCUCCACCUCCCCCAUCGACCCAUGCACCUCCUCCGCCGUCUUUACUGCCUACCGGGGGUGCGCCUCCACCACCACCACCGCCGCCAAUGCCAAUGCCACUUGGUAGUGAGGCUCCUCCUCCACCUCCAUUACCAGGACGAGAUGGCGGAGCUGCAAAUGUACCACCGUUACCACAGCCGUCUGGCGGUAGAAAUGACUUGAUGGCUAGUAUUCGUGAUGGAGCUCGCCUAAAGAAAGUCAGUGAUACAGAGAAGAAGGAUAGAAGUGCAGCUCUGGUCCCUGGGCACGAGCCGGCCUCAAGCAGUGGAGGUGGAACGGCAGCUGCAGGAGCAGCCGCAGCAGGAGGAGGCCUUGCAGGAGCAUUGGCUGUUGCGUUGGCGGAACGAAAAUCGAAGGUUAGCCAUAGUGACGAUGAGGACGAUAACGAUGAGUGGUAG